GUGAUGCGUUGUUUAGAGCCGAAACCCGGAAGUGGCAGUGUCAAAACACGUCGGGGGCAGCGGCUCGGAGGUUCUGUCGGGAGAGUGCUGAAGCCCGGCUGCCAUGUGGCGGCCUCACUCCUGGUGGAGCGCGGUCCGGUUAAAGCUCCGGAGAGGUGACCAGCCUCCCUACCUGAGCGAUGACGCCGGCUUUGACUACCCGGAUGAGGUGGCAGCGGAGGACGAGCUGCCCCGCUUCAACAAGCUGCGGGUACUGGUUGCCGAUGAUGCCCCAGCCAUUAAUGGCGGCCCCCUGGCCCUGUCCUCCGAUGAUGACUCGCUGCUGGAACGAGAUGCCCCGCAGGCCCGGGCAGAGCCGUGCGAUGGCUGCCGCCAGGAGCGGGAGCGGAGGAAGCAGAGCAUGGUGAAGAGGAGGCUGGGGCUGGCGGCGGUCCUCUACCUUCUCUUCAUGGUGGGCGAGCUGAUCGGUGGGUAUGUUGCCAACAGCCUGGCGAUCAUGACGGAUGCACUUCAUAUGCUUACUGAUCUGAGCAGUAUUAUCCUGACUUUACUUGCACUGUGGUUGUCCGCAAAGUCUCCAAACAAGCGUUUUACAUUUGGAUUCCACCGCUUAGAGGUUCUGUCGGCCAUCAUCAGUGUGUUACUGGUGUACGUUCUCACAGGAUUUUUGCUUUAUGAAGCAGUUCAGAGAACAAUUCACAUGGACUACAGCAUUAAUGGAGAUGUAAUGCUGAUAACGGCGGCUGUCGGUGUUGCGGUGAACCUCAUAAUGGGAUUUUUGUUGAAUCAGGCGGGACAUCCUCAUUCACACUCUCAUGGUGGCCCUACAAACCCACCCUCCACUGCUCAUGGCCAUGGCCACAGUCACAGUAGCCUGGCAGUACGAGCUGCAUUUGUACAUGCGCUAGGAGACCUUGCUCAAAGUGUUGGUGUACUCAUUGCAGCAUAUAUCAUUCGUUUUAAGCCAGAAUACAAGCUUGCAGACCCCAUCUGUACCUACGUAUUUUCCGUACUCGUCCUGUUCACCACAGUGCGCAUUGUAAGAGACACUGUACUAAUUAUACUUGAAGGCGUUCCAAAACACCUUAAUGUGGAUCAAAUUAAAGACGACUUGAUGAAAAUAGAUGAUGUGCAUUCAGUAGAAGACCUUAAUGUCUGGUCCCUGACAACAGGAAAGUCCACUGCCAUAAUCCGUUUACAGCUCAGUCCAGGGUCUUCAUUGAAGUGGGAAGAAGUGCAAAGCAAAGCCAGACAGAUCCUUCUCAAUACCUAUGGGAUGUACAAGUGCUUUAUACAAAUGCAGAGCUACAGACGAGAAGAGAACACAACAUGUGCUAACUGUUCCAGUGCCUAAAUCCUGUGGCUUGCUGCCUUACCGCACACUCUCCAGAUUACAGCAAUAUCUCUGACCUAGAAACCUGUCUGAGUGAUGGUGUAUUGUUGCAAUACACAUCAACAGAAGCACAUUUUUGUAUUAGAACCUGGGGUUCUUAGAAUCUGUCUGAAGAAAGGAGGAAUGCUCCAUUGUGGACUAACAGACCAAUUUUGAAGUGCUGUUUACAGAUUUAAGCAAGUUUGCACAUACCUCAGACCUAGGGUGACAAAAAUAAAGCCCUGCCCUGAGGACACAAAGUACACUUUUGCGGUAAUCCUAUCAAGUCACUAGCUUUAUUGAUCCUGUGGUUUGACUUUAUUUAAUAGAACAUGGUUGUUUAGAUUUACAUAGCGGCAUCUAGAGGUUAAUACAUAAGAGCAAGCCAUCCCCACCCUACAUAAAGUUCAUGUGCCUCUGAAGAGAGAGCAAAUCAAGAGCCUGUAUACAACUUCACUCCAGGGCAUGCACUCCAUAAAUUGCUACACGAAACAGGUUAAUAAUAGUUUUAUAGCCUCAAGAGGACAGCAUCAUAAAGUCUUUAUGGGACCUUUUUGUCCUAGUUUUUCUGUUAGCAAUGGUACCACACCCCUACUGGGCUCAGUUACGAGUUUUGUGGUGUAUAUAUUAACUACAUUUAGAUUUUUAUUCUUGCGAGUGAAUCGACUCGACAGCAGGAAAUGAAGCUUGUAAUGUCUUCUGCAACAGUGUUGUUGAACUUUGCACUUUUCCACUGCUGUUGAUAUACUGACAAUGAGACAGACCCUAAAGGUGCUGUAGCUUGUUGUACCACUACAGUAUCCAUAAAGCAGAUCAGACAUAUCAGUGUUAAAAUGCAGAAUUCUCGACCAGGAAAGCACAUACAGUCUAUAUGGCUUGUAACAAGGGUAUUUCUUGUACUGAGUUGGAAGUUUAUAAUGCUAAUUUACUUGGCCACUAAGUGGCGCUGUUCUGAGUUAAUGAAUAUUUCAUUUUGCCCUUCUAGAGCAAGUAACAUGGCUGCUCACACUUAUUAGUACGGGAAAUUAUGCUGCAAAUGUAAAUAACUUAUGCCCAUAUUUCUUAAGCAUGGACACCUUAAAGCAAAUAAAAGCACAACUCCAUAUAUUGUGCCAGUCUCAAUAUGGACAGUGUUAUACCCGGCUGGAAGCAAUGUUUGUUUCUCAAGUGUGUGACAGGUUCUAGCCAGUAACUAUAAUAGUAUAGAUCCCCUGGAUUUUACACAAAUGGAUGGCAACAUAAAAUGCCGCAAGUAUUUCAUCGAAGGUAUUUGGAGGAUGGAAUUAAGGAGAAGCUAUCACCACUCUGGGCAUGUCUAUUUUAGUAAGCUCUAGUGUAUAUAUAUAACAACAAUUCUGGAGCAUCUUUUCUUAGAACUCUGCUUAACUGUUCCUCUGUUAAUUCCUCCUAGAAAUGUAUAUUGACAACUGGGUGUUCGAAGUGUGUCCCUACAAAGUCUGACACUUUUGCAAUCAGUGCUGCUAAUGUCAUAUUGUGUAGAGACACUUUUGUCGGUUGAUUUAAUACAUAU